ACUAUCGUCAACAACGGCUGUCAAUCCGUAAAUAAUGGCGGAUGUAAAAUAGUCAACAGAAAAUCGUACAAAUCUAUCGUAUAUCGUCAUUUUUAUGCAUCCUUCAGACUGAUUUAAUAAUCUAAGAAUAUAAAUUAAUAUUUAUUUAUAUGUAUCUUUGAUAUCCACAAUAAAGGUGAGAUGGAGCUCAGAGUAGGAAACAAAUAUCGCCUUGGAAGGAAGAUAGGUAGUGGUUCCUUUGGCGACAUAUAUCUAGGCACAGAUAUUUCCAAUGGGGAAGAGGUUGGAAUAAAACUUGAGUAUGUGAAAACUAAGCAUCCCCAACUGCACAUAGAAAGCAAAAUAUACCGUGUGAUGCAGGGCGGAGUGGGUAUCCCAACUAUCAAGUGGUGUGGUGCUGAAGGAGACUACAAUGUGAUGGUGAUGGAGCUGCUUGGGCCAAGUCUUGAGGACCUCUUCAACUUCUGCUCCAGAAAAUUCUCACUGAAAACUGUCCUCCUACUUGCCGACCAACUAAUCAGCCGCAUAGAGUACAUACACUCCAAAAACUUUAUACACAGAGAUGUUAAACCUGACAAUUUUCUAAUGGGACUUGGAAAAAAGGGCAAUCUUGUGUAUAUAAUUGACUUUGGCCUAGCCAAGAAAUACCGUGAUGCUCGCACACAUCAGCAUAUACCAUACAGAGAAAACAAGAAUCUCACUGGCACAGCAAGAUAUGCCAGUAUAAACACUCACUUGGGCAUUGAACAGAGUAGGCGAGAUGACAUGGAAUCAUUGGGUUACAUCUUCAUGUAUUUCCUACGUGGUAGUCUCCCUUGGCAGGGCCUCAAGGCUGCCACAAAACGACAAAAAUAUGAGCGCAUCAGUGAAAAGAAAAUGUCCACUCCUAUUGAAGAACUCUGUAAAGGCUUUCCAUCUGAGUUUGCCACAUACCUAAACUUCUGCCGGUCGUUGCGGUUUGAUGACAAGCCAGACUACUCUUAUUUGCGACAACUGUUCAGAAACCUCUUCCACAGGCAGGGAUUCACCUAUGAUUAUGUGUUUGACUGGAACAUGCUUAAAUUUGGUGGGCGGAACAAUGAUGACUCUGAGCGUGGGAAGGUUAGCCUGUCUGCAAGGCCAGUCCAUGGCACAGCACAGCAGAGGGGUCGACCAGAACAGAUGGCCACCGCCACGCCACCAGGCGAGUACGGAAGUAUGACUGGGUCAGUCGAUAUGGCAAGAAGCGGAAGAAGUGGUAAGGACCGAGUGCCGACUAGACUGAACCUGUCGGGGCGCGGAGCAGAAGGUGGGGCAGUGGGGGAAGGGGUAUUAGACACCCGAGUCAGUGACAGUAGACUGGCCACACCCUCCUCUGGGGGACGGAUGAGCAUGAAGGGCUCUGGAAUACCUGUCCCUGUGUCCGGCAGUGCCACGGACAACCCAAAACUGCGAAGGGUGGCCAACGAUGGUCGGGCCCAGACUUCCACUAGACAGCGACCACAGUAGAGCAAUUUACAACACACCUCAAACAUGCUCAUCUGUAAAUAGCUGCGCCAAAGUCUAUAUUGUGUAUUACCUUUAAUUAUUGUGAUAUCGAGUGCUACAUUGUGAUUGAUCUGUACAUACACAUAAAACAAAGUCAUCCUGUUAACUGUUUUAAUAUGUACAUAUGAAUUGUGAAGUAAUUGUGGUUACAGAGCUAAGUAUUUGUGAAAAUGUCCGUGCUGCCUAUAGGUGAAAGUUUAAAUUGAAUCUGGUGCUUCAUUUAUUACAAUGUUAUUUGCUUCUGAACAAAAUAACAGUCUGUGAUGCAUGAAUUGUUUAAAGAUUUAUCUCUAUUUAUCUGAUAUGAUAAUCUAUUGUUGUUUUGCAGGGCCUUUUUACCUUCUUUGCCUAAGUCAUCACCACGCUACUUCCCCAAGGGCUAAACAAAAUAGCCACUGAAAUUCUCCAUUUUCAAAAUAAUUCUAAAUAAUGGGAAUCUCACGAUUCAUUAAAUGAUGUUUCUGAGAGACAUAUUUACAGCAUAAUGGAUAUUUUACACCAUUCGUAAAACUGAAUUGUAAUAAUUGUUUGAAGAAGUACUUUGAGAACGAUUCCCAAAACUAGUUUUUUUUACAAGAAGGGCUUCCCCAUAACUGGUAAAAAGGCCCUGUAUUGUACCUCAAGAGAUAAUAGGGAUGGCACUUGUAUGGUUUGAUCAAUAGCUUUGUAGUUUUACAUGUUACAACACUUGAAUAUGAUCUCUAAUUAACUUACUUACAUUCAUUGCUUGAUUGCUUGUAUUAUUAUUUUUCACUUUAUUUGGUAUGUUCUGCUAUUUUUAGCAGUAGUUUAAAAUAGGAAAAAGCAUAAAGGUCUUUUUCUUUUUGCAAAACAAUAGUAGUAGUGUUCUUCAACCUUUUAUGCCUCCAUUAAAAAAGAAGGAAUAUAUAGGUUGAAAAUUUCAGGUAGUUCAAUGUUCUGUCAGUUGGUAGACCAUUUUUUGUCCCCACAAUAACUUGAGAACAGUUUUUCAUAUGUCCAGGAAACUUCUCUGGAAGAAAGAUAAUGGUUUUUAAGGUCAGUAGGUCAUGGUCAACAAUCUUAUGAAAAUAUGUUGAAUAAAACUUUUUAAAAGCAGGUGCUUUUUUGCAUUUCUUCGACUGCUCUCGCGUACGUCAAAAUUCAUGGUCAAGUCAUAUGAUUUUUUCUAUCUGCUUAAUUGCUUGGUUCAAUCAAACACUUGGAACAUAUUGAUCCAGCCCCAUGAAAAUAUGUUGACCAGUACAUGACUCUGAUUUGGGGCAGGUGGUCAGUAGAUUCAAGGUCACAUUCAACAGUAUUAUGUUAACUUGACAGAUCAAUGGUUGCAAUGUUUUCUCUUCACUAUCCAGAAAACUUGGUGCAACCAUGAAUUAUCAACACCUUUAUUCAAUCUUUUUCAUGAUUCAUUCGAAGUGGAGCUCCGGUGGCAUUAUGUUUGACAAACGUAUCUUGUUUAAGGGGAAUUUCUUUUUUACUGUCAGGUUGAAAAUUAAUAAUAGUCUUACUUAUCUGACAAUCCAUUAAUGACAAUUUGUUUAUAAGCUUUAUGUAUCGACACUUGAAUUAAAUUGUUAUUGGUAGGAAAUGAAAAUCAGUCUUGAAUGGUAAUUGAUUAUUGGAAAUAAUGUUAAAUUGCCUACUAAACAAUGAAUGAACAUGAAAGCAAAUUCUUAUGUUAUAGUGUUACUUUUUAAUUCUUUUCAUUUAUAAUAUAUAGUUCUUUAGCUGAAUACUGAACAAUUUGCACUGUUUUUCUGCCAUUUUUUUCUACUUUUCUAGAGAAUAUAGGCUCCAGCGAUAAUCGAUUCCGAGAUAAUGCAGUCAAUUAUCAGCUACCUCACUUGUUAAUGAUCCAAUUAACAAUACUUAAUGUUUGUUUUAGAAAAGUUAUUGAACUUUGAUGUAUGAAUGCUUAAGGAUCAAAUAUCUGUAUUUAAACUCAAAUAUUUUAAACGUAAGGAUGUCUCAAAUAUUUGGCCCAACUGUUGCAGCUCAGUCUUCAAUCCAGCAAUAAAGUUAACAUGACUUGUGAUUAAAAUAAGUUAAUGUUUUGCCCAUUGCUUCAUUUAAAAACAUUAACUUUGUAUGCUUGCUGUAAAUAUUGCUAUAAAUAUUUCACAUACCUCAAGAAACUGCAAAUUAUUGCCAGACACCAAGUAAAACUGUUCACAUUUGAUAAUUAUAAAUAGAUGUCUGAAACGAUUGGCAUAUGUUUCUCUCGAAAAAUUAUGUUUCAACAUUCAUUUGUUCAAACAAAGGCCUCUAGCGGGUGAACUAGUGCAGCAGAAAUAACAUAUCACUUAAAGAUUAUUAUACAAUAUAACAUGUUUAUAUAUUCCUCAAUGAUGUAACAUCUCUUAUGUACAUUAAAAGGUUAUCAGUAACUUGUUAAACACAUCCAUUUAAUCAUAUUUCACAAUCAAUUUUCAUUGUGUUUGAUAAAAAAAGUCUUAAAACAUUUUUAAAGAUAACCAAUGUUAGCUUUAAAAAAAAAUUGUUUUGUGGUACCAGUUGAAAACAGUUAAAUAUUAAUGUGAAACUUGGUACACAUGUUCCUUGACAAAAUGCACAUAAGUAGCAGAUUUCAUUGCUUUGUGUGCGUUGAGUUAUAAUUCCAUUAGCAACUGUCAUAAAGUAAUCAAAUAUUGGCAACCAUAAGGGAGCUGGUUCAUCAGGAAUCCUUUGAGCAUUGUCAUACUAGGUAAAAAGUUUCUGCAGUACUGUAGUACUGCAUUUAGAAAUAUCUCGUACAUAUGUAAUCAUACAUAGGAUUCUGGAUGAAAUGAUCCCCUGUCCGUUUCAGCUACUGCCUAAUAUAAGCAAUACAGUUUAUAAGUGAUGUAUAGAUCAUCUUUAUUUUUAUAAUUGUAGAUUUUUGUAAAUAAUUAUGUUAGCAUUACUAUAAGUGUAUUGAUCCAUUAUGUGACAUUAGUACACCUAUUGUAUAUACAAUGUAUGUACUGUAUUUAUAACAUUUAGACAUAAUUGUGCAAUUUGUUAAUGAAAAUAAUGUUGUAUAUUGAAUAAAAGAUCAGAAUACC